GGGCUCUAGCGCCGGCGCUGCGCGGGAGUCAUCGCGUGCCGACUUCCGUGUUGUCGCUCUCCCCUCCCAAAAGCGCGGCCGCGAGGACGGGAGCUGCCAGCGAUUUCCUCGCCUUUGUGUCUCGGGGCUGCCCGCUGCGCGUUACUUGGUGCGAUACGCGCACUCGGCGGUGAUCCCGAGCCCCACGCGGACCUCCGUGCGUCCCUGCUAGUGCCUGGCCCCGUCACUGACGCUGAGUCGUGAACACGGAGUCGGCCCAGAGGGGCUGUUCUCCCGGACGCCGAGGCCACCCAGCGCGGCCUCAGGGCUGGGCAGAGGGGACUGCAGGGAGGCGCGGGCCGCAUCCCUCCCGGAGGUCUGCGAGCUUCUUGAGGCCUCAUGCCCCCUUUUUGAGCCUCGCUGCUGCCCUGUGACGCUGCUUCUCCAUCCCUGCAGGUGACCAUCGACGGCGUUCCCCUUGCUCACUUCUUGGUUACGGGCCAGGGGAUACUCCUGCCCGACCCUCGGCAUUGCCCAAGGGAGUUCGCACUUCCCGCUGGGCUCUGGCAAGCCUCUGUGGAGAGGAGCCGUCCACCUGCCUGACCGGGCCCAGCUUUGGGGAAGACCUUCUUGGUUUUGUCUGCUGGCUGGACUGACCCUGGCCCUCAGCCCAGGGAAGAAACCACAGCGGCACUUCCCACAGAAAUCGGAACUCUGUUGUGAGUCACCCUCCUUAGAGGUAGCAGGGAAGAAGAGGAUCAAAGGAAAUGGUAAAUUAGCCUGCAAUACGCUGCGUCCGGGAAUAGAAGCUCCCAGUGCGGCUGGUCCACUCCUCAUCCCUGAACCACGGAGGCUGUCCCGGAGGCAUGUCAGAACCCCAGCCUGAUGACCAAGCUCUGUCCACUGCUCACCACAAACAGCCACCACUUGAGCCUAGAUGUGUGCAUGCAGCGGUGGUGUCCACCCGGGAGGGAGACCCCAGGAAGAGGCCUGCCGUCUGGGAAGCAGGCUCAGGCCUGUGUGGGCAGCAACCUAGAGGGCCAGACGGGCUCAGCCUGCACCAAGAUGAGUGCCACGUCCUGGUUCCUGGUGAGCAGCAGCGGCGCCCGCCACCGGCUCCCUCGCGAGCUCAUCUUCGUGGGGCGUGAGGAGUGUGAGCUAAUGCUACAGUCCCGCAGUGUGGACAAGCAGCAUGCUGUCAUCAACUACGACCAGGACAGGGACGAGCACUGGGUGAAGGACCUGGGCAGCCUCAAUGGGACAUUUGUGAAUGACAUGCGCAUCCCGGACCAGAAGUACGUCACGCUGAAGCUCAACGACGUCAUCCGCUUCGGCUACGAUUCCAACAUGUAUGUGCUGGAGCGUGUGCAGCACCGAGUCCCGGAGGAGGCACUCAAGCAUGAGAAGUACACCAGCCAGCUGCAGGUGAGCGUGAAGGGCUUGGCGCCCAAGAGGAGCGAGGCACUGCCGGAACACACACCAUACUGCGAGGCCUCGAACCCCAGGCCGGAGAAGGGGGACCGGAGACCAGGAACAGAGGCAGCCUCUUACCGCACGCCCCUGUAUGGGCAGCCCUCCUGGUGGGGUGAGGACGAUGGUAGCACGCUGCCUGACGCCCAGCGCCAGGGAGAGCCCUACCCAGAGCGUCCCAAGGGGCCGGUGCAGCAGGACGGGGAGCUCCACGGCUUCCGCGCCCCUGCUGAGCCUCAGGGCUGCUCGUUCCGGCGGGAGCCCAGCUACUUCGAGAUCCCCACGAAGGAGACCCCGCAGCCGUCGCAGCCCCCCGAGGGGCCGGCACACGAGAUGCCCACGAAGGAUGCGGAGGCAGGUGGGGGCGGAGCGGCCCCUGUGGUGCAGAGCCACGCCUCCUUCACCAUAGAGUUUGAUGACUGCAGCCCUGGCAAGAUGAAGAUCAAGGACCAUAUCACCAAGUUUUCCCUGCGCCAGCGGCGGCCCCUGGGCAAGGAGGCCACACCUGGCGAGAUGGUGUCGGCUGAGACCAAAGUGGCCGACUGGCUGGUGCAGAAUGACCCGAGCCUGCUGCACCGGGUUGGCCCUGGGGAUGACCGCCACAGCACCAAGAGCGACCUGCCUGUCCACACCCGCACCCUGAAGGGCCACAAGCAUGAGGACGGCACGCAGAGUGACUCAGAGGACCCCCUGGCCAAGGCGGCCUCGGCCGCCGGGGUGCCCUUGGAGGCCAGCGGGGAGCAGGUGCGGCUGCAGAGGCAGAUCAAGCGGGACCCCCAGGAGCUGCUACAUAACCAGCAGGCCUUUGUCAUCGAGUUCUUUGACGAGGACAUGCCCCGAAAGAAGCGCUCCCAGUCCUUCACGCACAGCCCGUCGGGGGACCCCAAGGCCGACAAGCGCCGUGGCCCAACGCCGGCCGAUAGGGACCGCCCCAGUGUCCCAGCCCCAGUCCAGGCAGGGGGCCGCAGCUCGGGGCCACAGAGGGCUGGCUCGCUCAAGCGGGAGAAGACAGAGGAACGGCUGGGCAGCCCCUCGCCCGCCUCCCGAACCCCUGCCCGCCCCUUCGGAAGCGUGGGGCGCCGCUCCCGCCUGGCCCAGGACUUCAUGGCCCAGUGUCUGCGGGAGAGCUCCCCGGCCGCCCGGCCCAGCCCCGAGAAGGUUCCUCCGGUGCUGCCCGCUCCCCUGACACCCCGUGGGACCAGCCCCGUGGGCCCUCCAACCCCACCGCCCGCCCCCACCGACCCCCAGCUGACCAAGGCACGGAAACAGGAGGAGGACGACAGCCUCAGUGACGCAGGGACAUACACCAUCGAGACCGAGGCACAGGACAUGGAGGUGGAGGAGGCCCGGAAGAUGAUCGACCAGGUCUUUGGGGUGUUGGAGUCCCCUGAACUCUCCAGGGCGUCUUCGGCCACCUUCCGCCCAGUCAUCAGAGGGGACAGAGAUGAGUCUGGUGACGGGGGCGUAGCCCAGCGGAUGGCGCUACUGCAGGAGUUUGCCUCCCGGCCACUGGGUGCGGCCCCCCAGGCGGAGCACCAGGGCCUCCCGGUGCCGGGCUCCCCUGGGGGUCAGAAGUGGGUGUCCCGCUGGGCCAGCCUGGCUGAUAGCUACUCAGACCCGGGCCUCAGAGAGGACGGCCUGGGACGUAGAGGCGGGGAGCCGGAGGGGUCCCUGCCUGUGCGCACGCGGCGACGGCUCCCUCAGCUACCCAGUGAGAGGGCUGACAGCCCUGCGGGCCCGGAGAGCAGCAGGAGGAGCGGGCCUGGGCCACCGGAGCUGGGCAGUGAGAGGGCUGACAGCCCUGCGGGCCUGGAGAGCAGCAGGAGGAGUGGGCCUGGGCCACCGGAGCUGGGCAGUGAGCAGCCCAGCCACCUCUUUGGCCAGGAGGAGUUGGAUCCUGACAGCCUCAGUGAUGCCAGUGGGUCGGACGGGGGCCGAGGCCCCGAGCCAGGGACGGAGCCACAGGACAGCAGACGCAGGAGCCCCCAGGAGGGGCCCACGUGGAGCAGGGGUCGGCGCUCACCAAGGGCCCCCGGGGAGCCAACUCCCGCCUCUUUCUUCAUUGGGGACCAGAAUGGGGACGCUGUGUUACCUAGGAAACCGCUUGCGGCUCCAGGGGAUGGGGAGGGCCUAGGGCAGGUAGCCCAGCCCAGCCCCCCAGCACGGGAUGGCAUCUAUGUCAGUGCCAGUGGGAGAAUGGUCAUCCAGCUACGGCCUGGACGGUCCCCAGAACCCGACGGCCCUGCCCCAGCCUUUCUCCGGCAAGAGAGCUUCACUAAGGAGCCAGCCAGUGGUCCCCCAGCGCCCGGCAAGCCCCCCCACAUCUCCAGCCACCCGCUUCUACAGGACCUGGCCUCUACCCGGGCCGCACGCAUGGACUUCCACUCCCAGGACACCCACCUGAUCUUGAAGGAGACGGAGACGGCCCUGGCGGCCCUGGAGGCCCGACUCCUCUCCAAUUCUGUGGAUGCUGAGUGUGAGGGGAGCAGCACCCCAAGGCCGCCGGAGGACGCCCUGUCUGGGGACUCGGACGUGGACACAGCCAGCACCGUCAGCCUGCGUAGUGGCAAGAGCGGGCCCAGCCCCACAACCCCCCAGCCCCUGCGGGCACAGAAGGAGAUGUCGCCAUCCCCGCCAGCUGCACAGGACCCAGGAGGCGCCGCCCUGGGCAGUGUCCGUGAGCAGCCCUCAGAGAGGCAGGGCCACCCACUUGGCCCGACGGACAUGGGCCGUGGAGAGCCGGUACGGCGCUCGGCCAUAAGGCGUGGCCACAGGCCCCGAGGGUCCCUGGACUGGCCCAGUGAGGCGCGUGGCCCUGUCCUUGCCCACCUACCCGGCUCAGAUGUGAUGGCCUCCAACCAUGAAAGCCCUGAGGCCACCGGGGCAGGACGGCUAGGGUCUCGCCGGAAACCAGCGGCCCCACCGCCAUCCCCGGCUGCCCGGGAGGAGCAGAGCCGUAGCUCAGCCAGCUCCCAGAAGGGGCCGCAGGCCUUGACCCGCUCCAACAGCCUGUCCACCCCUCGCCCCACACGGGCCUCCCGGCUGAGGCGGGCCCGGCUGGGGGACGCUUCAGACACUGAGGCUGCAGAUGGUGAGCGGGGGUCCCUGGGCAACACUGAGCCUGUGGGCCGGCCAGCUGCCGAGCAGGCCAAGAAGCUGUCGCGCUUGGAUAUCCUGGCCAUGCCCCGGAAGCGGGCCGGCUCCUUCACAGGGACUAGUGACCCCGAGGCAGCCUCUGCCCGCACCAGCUUCUCUGGCCGCAGUGUGGAGUUGUGCUGUGCCAGCCGCAAGCCCACCAUGGCUGAAGCACGGGCUGUCGCCAGGAAAGCUGCCAACACAGCCGCCACCACGGGUCCCCGCCAGCCCUUCAGCAGGGCCCGCUCUGGCAGUGCCCGAUACACCUCCAACACGAGGCGCCGGCAGCAGGGCUCGGAUUACACGUCCACCUCUGAGGAGGAGUACGGCUCCCGCCACGGCUCCCCCAAACACACACGCUCCCACACCUCAACAGCCACUCAGACCCCGAGGGCUGGCAGCUCCAGCCAGGCUCGUUCCCGGGCCCCCGGCCCCCGGGACACGGACGAUGAUGAGGAGGAGCCUGACCCUUAUGGUUUCAUCGUGCAGACGGCAGAGAUUGCGGAGAUCGCCAGGCUGAGCCAGACGCUGGUGAAGGACGUGGCCAUCCUAGCCCGGGAGAUCCACGAUGUGGCUGGGGAUGGUGACACACUGGGCUCCUCGGAGCCUGCCCACAGCGCCUCCCUCAGCACCAUGCCCAGCACCCCCGCCUCAACCAUCUCUGCCCGGGAGGAGCUGGUGCAGCGCAUCCCCGAGGCCAGCCUCAACUUUCAGAAGGUGCCGCCCGGCUCGCUGAACUCUCGGGACUUUGACCAGAACAUGAACGACAGCUGUGAGGACGCGCUGGCCAACAAGACGCGGCCUCGGAACCGAGAGGAGGUGAUCUUCGAUAACCUGAUGCUGAACCCGGUGUCCCAGCUGUCGCAGGCCAUCCGUGAGAACACAGAGCACCUUGCCGAGAAGAUGAAGAUCCUCUUUCAGAACACAGGGAGAGCCUGGGAGGACCUGGAAGCCAGGAUCAACGCCGAGAAUGAGGUGCCCAUCCUGAAGACAUCUAACAAGGAAAUCAGCUCCAUCCUGAAGGAACUGAGGCGGGUGCAGAAGCAGCUGGAAGUUAUGAACGCCAUUGUGGACCCCAGUGGGAGCCUGGAUCUGCUCACAGGAAACAGGAGCUCGGCCAGCUCUGCACAGCCGGGGCUGGGGAAGGGCCGUGUGGCUGCCCAGAGCCCACCCUCGCCCGCCUCAGCCGAGGCCCUGCUGCCAGCCCUGCCCCUGAGGGGUUUCCCACAGCGGGCCAGCUGUGGGCCUCCCAGCCUCCCGGACCCCACCUUCCUCCCUGAUGCAGAGAGGUUCCUGAUCUAGGCCCCAGACCUGGCCAGGCCGGCCUCCCUGUGUGUGUGCGUCUCUGCCUUCCGUCUGCCGUGUGCCCGCCUGCCUGGCCGCAGGUGGUUCUCCCUGAAGACCCCACAUGUGCCAUAUCCCCGUGGGCGGGUGCCUCCCAUCCCUCGCCCGCUCGUCAGCUCCCAGCCAGCACCCUACUCACCCUGUCCAGCCCUGUGGCCACCCCCACCCCCGCCUCGCCCCCUACAGGCCUCUGGGCCCAGUUCCUGGCCAGGCUGCUGCCAAGGUCAAGCCCUCAAGGGCAUUACCCCGCCUCCUCUUCAUCACUGUUAUUUUUGUCUUUAGCUUUAAAGGAAAGAGUUGUUGGUGCCAUUGCAGGUGCCCCCUCCAGGCCUGACUGGCUCUGCCAGGCACUAACCUGCCAUAUCCCUUUGUGCUGGCCUGCAGCCAGGCAGAGGAAGAGAGGUCGACUGUGGGGUCAUUUGGUGCCAAACAUGGAACUGGGCAGGCUCACCUGUUCCUGGGACUAAGAAGGCAGGGCCCUUGCCCUGGUGGCUCCUGCCUGACCCCAGGCCUUUUAUAGGCAGGAGCCCCACUGCUUCCAGCCUUUGGUGCCAACACAGUUGCCAAACCCACUGAGCUUGGGGCUGCCCCAUGGAGCCCUCCUGGGUAUGGACCGGGGGCUUGUUGAGAGCUGAGCCAUGCACACAGGUGCAGACACCCCCCAAUCCCAUGCACGUGGCUAGUCCAGGCACCUCCAUGCUGCGCCGUGAGGACUGCAGGGGACGGGGCUAUGGGCCUCUGUACUUGGGCUUCCAAGGGCCUGGGUGCAGCUGGGUGCCUGGCAGCCCUUCUGGCGGGUGUGAGUGCAUGACCAAAGUGACUGGAAGCUGGGUUUCCGGAAGCUCGCAGCUUGGCCUGCACCACACGCCCUCUCCUUUUGGCUUCACGCCAUCAGGCGUCAAGUGGGCGUGGGGGCAGGGACGGGCCCAGAAACUGUUGUUUUCUCAGGAUUCUUUCAGCUGGGAACAUGGCAGGUGAGCAGAGCUUGGUCCCUCUGCCGUGGCCCCUGCUGGGGCAGCCCGUGUUGCCGGAGCCUCUAAACCAAAGAGCCCGUUGGCCGUGGUUGGUGGGGGUGGAUGUGGGGGUGUCCCACCUGGAUCAGACUGGCGUGGGUGAGCUCCACACCCCGCCUGGCAUUGGUAUGAGAGUCGGACCUGGACAGGGCCAGCUGCUGGGGGAGCGGCGCUGGGGACUGGAGGCUGGAAGCUGGUGGUGUGUGUCCCCUGUUUACUUUUAGCUGAUCUGGGGUUGGGUGUAUGGGUUCUGUUCCGCUGAGCCCUGCGGCCCGCGUGAUGUUUACGUGUGUGUGUGAGGGGGGGCGGGGGUGGCAGGUGUCCCCCCCGCUGGUCCCCGCCCCGAGAGCCUGCUGUCUGUAUGGAGGAGGUGCUAGUCCGGCCCACCGGGCUGCUGCCCACCCCUGCAUGCCCCAGUUGCCCACCCCGCCUGCCCCCGGACAUGAAGUGGUCACGCUUCAUCCACGGCUCCUUCCCACCCCUCGGCAGUGGCUGUGCAAUGUUUUAAAUUCACAAGUUCCUGCUCCUCCCCACGCUGAGCUCCUUUGUUCCUCCCCCUCCAGCCUUUGCCUGGGAACUGGUCCUUGUUUGCCGGGCUUCUCGGAGGGUUCACUGUACAUUCGUUCUCAGGUGGUCUUGUGGCUGUCUUUCGGAAAAUGGUUAUUUUAUAUGAUUUGUCAUGGAAUUUGUUCUAAUAAAUCAUUCUUCUAUCACGUGGCAGCA